UAUAUUAUAUUAUAUUAUAUUAUAUAAUAUAUAAUAUACAUAUUAAAAAAAAAAGACAAUUAUUACAAUGGUUGAUGAGGGCUUUAAUCAAAUCUAUUUGCGACUAGAUGCAGCAAAUGAAGUUAUUUCUAAAUUAAAGCCCGUCGAUGUAUUAGAAGAAGCUAAAGAAUACUUGACCGAUGCAGAAGAAAAUGCAAAGACUAUUUUACGUUCAAAAGAAGAAUUAAAUAAAGAGUUACAAAGACAGCUGGAGGUUCUAAAAGUGAAAGAAGCCACUGUUAUUGAAGAAUAUAGAACAACUGUUGAAAAGAAUAACACAUAUGAAGAAGAAAAGAUGAAACAAGAAUCAAUGAUUAAACAAGAAGAGCAACGACAAGUCCAACUCAGUGAAGAAAUAAGACUUUUAGAAAAGGAAUUGGAAGAACUUGAUAAACCUAACCUCUCUGAUAAUCUAGUUGAUGUGAAUGAACUUCGUUUAGCUAUUUAUCGUGGAUUAGGCGUAAGACCACGAAUAGAAGAUAACAAUAAAAUCGAGAAAGUAAUACUGAGUAAGUAUGGAUGAUUUGACUAGAGAAAUAGGAUAUGCUGAAUUAUUUUAUUAAUUCAAUUUAUACUUGUUAAAUAAGCCUCAGCAAACGAGCAAGAUAUCCGUACAUUUGCUAUUAAUGAAUAUUCUCCUGAAUUCACGACAAAUUAUAUAUGGAAGUUUAUUUCUGAAUAAUUAAAAGAAAUACCCUUUAAAGAAGCAUUUUUUAAAUAAAUA